UGGAAAUAGAAAAAAUUAUUUGAUUAGCAAUAAAAAAAUUAAUUCCAUUUCCCGAAAUUUCUCUCAUGAAUCUCGAAAAGUGUAGUGUUUCAACGCGAAAUGUGAUCACGAUGACGUAAGGGAUAAAAAGGUAAAAGUCAAAAGGACAAAAGGCAAGAUAAUGAAAAAGAAAAAAAGGGAACGAAAAGAAGCAAUGAAAAGUCAUUUGGGAUGAGACAUAAAAAGGGGAAAAAAGAAAGAAACAAAGAAAAAAAAAGAAGAAUGAUUAGCCGAAUCGAAUGGAAUAUCGUAAGUAUAACGUAGAUAAAAAAAUAUCCGUCGAAAUGAUCGCGAGCACCAAGCCGGGAACGAUCCGCGCGUCGUGAUGGAAGAACACGGAAUACCAGGAGGAUGAGGAGGCAUCGGAUGAGACGUUACUCCAAUUGCAGUAUUUCACUUUCACUAACCCCGCAGCCUCCCACGAGGCUGCUCAUCUCCGCUAGAUCCCUGGUUAGUGGCGGGAGGUAGAUAGUUAAAGAUAGGUAGUAGUAGAGUAGAUAGUAGUAGUAGUAGUAGUAGUAAUAGUAGUAGUAGUAGUAGAGUAGUAGAAGAUACAUACAUAGGUAUGUUAUGCUUGGUUCAAGUACCUAUAGAGAAGGCUUUUGCUUUGCUUUGGGGCAACCGUUGGUGGGUCACUUACGUCGUAGUUGUCGUCGUGAGGUCGUUCCUUGUCGUUCCUUUUCUACGGAUAACACAGGUAUCACCAUCACCACCACCACCAUCACCACCACCACUAGCAUCACCACCACUACCAGUACUACCACUACCUUCCACUGUAACAACCGCCCCCACCUCCAUCACCAACAAGAUCGCGUCCCUAUAGCCUCGUUGGCCAAGCGUUUCUAAAAAAAGCAGAAGAGGGAUUCAACUCUGGUUAGUGGAGAAAGAAAGAAAGAAAGAAGGAGGACAAGUUGAAGAAGAAGAAGAAGGAGGUAAACCGAACAUGAAUAGUACGAAUCGACGAAGGAUGAGUGAAGCAUCCCUGGAUAAUAAGUUGGUGGGGGAGUUUGCUCGGUUACCUGGUUGGGGGUUGCGUUCGGUAAGAGUAUAUAUGAUCGCUCCGACACCUCCACCAUCAGUCAUUCCUAGUGACUUAACAUCCCGGUGUCUUUUACUCGACGGAUCGGUUAGGUUAACAAUUAAAGACAGCAGCGUCACCAAUCAUGAGGCUGCGCUUGUUAUUGAUAGCCUCGCUAGCUAUCUUUCACGCUUGCACGGCAGAACACGGUUAUAGUUAUCCUAGGCCUAACAAUCCGCUAACACCAGGUGGGCCAGGUGGCGAUCAAGGUGGUAAGCCAGGAGGUCCAGGUUAUCCUGGUGCUCCUGGUGGUUAUCCGUCUGGACCACCCGGUGCUCCUGCACCAUCGGAUCCAGGUUAUCCGGGAGGCUAUCCGUCACCCGGUGGUCCUGGAGGACCCGGUGAACCCGGAGGAUCAGGCGGCUAUCCUAGCGGAAAACCAGGUGAGCAGGGCGGACCAGGAGGUUAUCCUGGCGGCGGACCAGGAGGACCAGGAGGGUCAGGAGGACCUGGAGGAUAUCCUAGUGGCAGACCAGGUGGACCUAGUGGGCCAGGUGGUUAUCCUGGCGGUGGACCUGGAGGUCCAGGAGGCUAUCCCAGCGGCAGACCUGGCGGACCUGGAGGGCCAGGAGGCCCAGGAGGCUAUCCCAGUGGAGGACCAGGAGGAUCAGGUGGGCCUGGAGGAUAUCCUAGUGGCAGGCCAGGUGGAUCUGGUGGACCAGGAGGGCCAGGAGGUUAUCCCGGUGGUGGACCCGGAGGGCCGGGAGGACCAGGAGGGUCUGGUGGCUAUCCUAGCGGUAAACCAGGUGGACCUGGAGGAUAUCCAGGUGGAGGGCCACAAGGUCCUGGUGGACCAGGAGGACCAGGGGGUUAUCCCGGUGGUGGACCUGGAGGGCCGGGAGGACCUGGAGGGCCGGGAGGACCUGGAGGGUCUGGUGGCUAUCCAAGCGGUAAACCAGGUGGACCUGGAGGAUAUCCAGGUGGAGGACCACAAGGUCCCGGUGGGCCAGGAGGUCCAGGAAGUCCAGGAGGACCAGGGGGUUAUCCCGGCGGUGGACCCGGAGGGCCGGGAGGACCAGGAGGGUCUGGUGGCUAUCCUAGCGGUAAACCAGGAGGACCUGGAGGAUAUCCAGGUGGAGGAUCACAAGGUCCCGGUGGACCAGGAGGACCAGGGGGUUAUCCUGGUGGUGGACCCGGAGGGCCGGGAGGACCAGGAGGGUCUGGUGGCUAUCCUAGCGGUAAGCCAGGAGGACCUGGAGGAUAUCCAGGUGGAGGACCACAAGGUCCCGGUGGACAAGGAGGACCAGGGGGUUAUCCCGGAGGUGGACCCGGAGGGCCGGGAGGACCUGGAGGGUCCGGUGGCUAUCCUAGUGGUAAACCAGGUGGACCUGGAGGAUAUCCAGGUGGAGGGCCACAAGGUCCUGGUGGGCCGGGAGGACCAGGAAGUCCAGGAGGUUAUCCCGGUGGUGGACCCGGAGGGCCGGGAGGACCAGGAGGGUCUGGUGGCUAUCCUAGCGGUAAACCAGGUGGACCUGGAGGAUAUCCAGGUGGAGGACCGCAAGGUCCCGGUGGACCAGGAGGACCAGGAAGUCCAGGAGGUUAUCCCGGUGGUGGACCCGGAGGGCCGGGAGGACCUGGAGGCUCUGGUGGCUAUCCUAGCGGUAAACCAGGUGGACCUGGAGGAUAUCCAGGAGGAGGACCACAAGGUCCCGGUGGACAAGGAGGACCAGGGGGUUAUCCUGGAGGUGGACCCGGAGGGCCGGGAGGACCUGGAGGGUCCGGUGGCUAUCCUAGUGGUAAACCAGGUGGACCUGGAGGAUAUCCAGGUGGAGGGCCACAAGGUCCUGGUGGGCCGGGAGGACCAGGAGGCCCAGGAGGUUAUCCCGGUGGUGGACCUGGAGGGCCGGGAGGACCAGGAGGGUCUGGUGGGUAUCCUAGCGGUAAACCAGGUGGACCUGGAGGAUAUCCAGGUGGAGGACCACAAGGUCCCGGUGGACCAGGAGGACCAGGGGGUUAUCCCGGCGGUGGACCCGGAGGGCCGGGAGGGCCAGGAGGGUCUGGUGGCUAUCCUAGCGGUAAACCAGGUGGACCUGGGGGAUAUCCAGGUGGAGGACCACAAGGUCCCGGUGGGCCAGGAGGACCAGGAAGUCCAGGAGGACCAGGAAGUCCAGGAGGACCAGGAAGUCCAGGAGGACCAGGAGGUUAUCCUGGGGGUGGUCCCGGAGGCCCAGGAGGACAGGGAGGGCCUGGAGGCUAUCCUGGCGGUGGUUCAGGAGGACCAGGAGGUUACCCUGGCGGUGGACCGGGUGGACCUGGGGGUCCAGGAGGUCCUGGAAGUUAUCCCAAUGGAGGACAAAGCCCAGGUGGCUUUGAAGAACCGUACGACGAAGGCGACUAUUCUGCAAUCCCUGGCGAACCUGGUCGUGAUUAUCCUAUAUAUUCAGAAGUACCCGAAACUAGUUUCCGUUGUGAAAAUCAACAAUUUCCCGGAUAUUAUGCGGACGUUGAAGCUCAGUGUCAAGUCUUUCAUAUUUGUGCCAAUAACAAAACCUACGAUUUCAUUUGCCCUAAUGGGACUAUUUUCCAUCAACAGUAUUUUGUCUGUGUGUGGUGGAAUCAAUUUGACUGUAGCACGGCGCCAAACUUCUACUACUUGAAUGAAAAUAUUUAUGACUAUAACAUAAUGGGUGGACCUGAAAUGUUCCCUGGUGGACCUGGAGGACCAGGAGGAUUCCCUGGCAUUGGUGGGCCCGGAGGCCCGGGUGGACCAGGUAGUUAUCCUGGUGGACCUGGAGGUCCAGGAGGUCCUGGAGGGUAUCCUAUUGACAAACCAAGUCAACCUGGAGGACCUGGUGGUCCUGGUGGUUACCCUAGCGGAAGACCAAGUGGUCCAGGAGGACCAGGAGGUCCUGGAGGUCCUGGUGAUGGAUCUCAAGGACCUGGUGCACCAGGAGGUCCAGGUGGGCCGGGAGGUUAUCCUAGUGGCAGACCAGGAGCGCCAGGAAGUCCAGGUGGUUAUCCCGGUGGUGGUCCUGGAGGGCCAGGAGGACCAGGAGGGUCGGGAGGUUAUCCUAGUGGCAGACCAGGAGCGCCAGGAAGUCCAGGUGGUUAUCCCGGUGGUGGUCCUGGAGGGCCAGGGGGUCCAGGAGGACCAGGAGGGUCGGGAGGUUAUCCUAGUGGCCGACCAGGAGGGCCAGGAGGGCCAGGAAGUCCAGGAGGUUAUCCCGGUGGUGGACCCGGAGGGCCAGGAGGACCAGGAGGAUCAGGAGGUUAUCCUAGUGGAAGACCAGGAGGGCCAGGGGGGCCAGGAAGUCCAGGAGGUUAUCCCGGUGGUGGACCCGGAGGGCCAGGAGGACCAGGAGGGCCAGGAGGUUAUCCUAGUGGCAAACCAGGAGGGCCAGGAGGGCCAGGAAGUCCAGGAGGUUAUCCCGGUGGUGGACCCGGAGGGCCAGGAGGAUCAGGAGGGCCAGGAGGUUAUCCUAGUGGCAAACCAGGAGGGCCAGGAGGACCAGGAAGUCCAGGAGGUUAUCCCGGUGGUGGACCCGGAGGGCCAGGAGGACCAGGAGGGCCAGGAGGACCAGGAGGGCCAGGAGGUUAUCCUAGUGGCAAACCAGGAGGGCCAGGAGGGCCAGGAAGUCCAGGAGGUUAUCCCGGUGGUGGACCAGGAGGGCCAGGAGGACCAGGAGGUUAUCCUAGUGGCAAACCAGGAGGUCCAGGAGGGCCAGGAAGUCCAGGAGGUUAUCCCGGUGGUGGGCCAGGAGGUUAUCCUAGUGGCAAACCAGGAGGACCAGGGGGGCCAGGAAGUCCAGGAGGUUAUCCCGGUGGUGGACCAGGAGGGCCAGGAGGACCAGGAGGGCCAGGAGGUUAUCCUAGUGGCAAACCAGGAGGGCCAGGGGGGCCAGGAAGUCCAGGAGGUUAUCCUGGUGGUGGACCCGGAGGACCAGGAGGGCCAGGAGGUUAUCCUAGUGGCAAACCAGGAGGGCCAGGGGGGCCAGGAAGUCCAGGAGGUUAUCCCGGUGGUGGACCCGGAGGGCCAGGAGGACCAGGAGGGCCAGGAGGUUAUCCUAGUGGCAAACCAGGAGGGCCAGAAGGGCCAGGAAGUCCAGGAGGUUAUCCUGGUGGUGGACCCGGAGGGCCAGGAGGUUAUCCUAGUGGCAGACCAGGAGGACCAGGAGGUCCAGGAAGUCCAGGAGGUUAUCCAGGUGGUGGGCCAGAAGGCCCAGGAGGACCAGGAGGGCCAGGAGGGCCAGGAGGGCCAGGAGGGCCAGGAGGAUCUGGCAGCUAUCCUAGUGGUAAACCAGGUGGUCCAGGUGGAUCUGGAAGUUAUCCUGGUGGUGGACCAGGAGGACCAGGAGGUUAUCCCAGCGGCAAGCCAGGUGGUCCAGGAGGCUAUCCAGGUGGCGGGCCCGGCGGUCCAGGAGGACCUGGUAGUCCAGGAAGUCCAGGAGGUUAUCCAGGUGGCGGUCCCGGUGGACCAGGAGGACCAGGAGGUUAUCCAGGUGGCGGACCCGGUGGACCAGGUGGUUAUCCACAUGGAGGAGGAGGACAUGGUGGUCCAGGAGGGCAAGGAGGAUCAGGAGGGCCAGGCGGAAAACCAGGUGGACCUGGAGGUUUUCCUGGCGGUGGAUCAGGUGGACCAGGUGGGUCGGGAUAUCCCGGUGGCCCUCAAUAUUUAGCACCUUCUGAACCUCAUGGUCCAGGUGGUCCAGGAGAACCGGGAUAUAGACCAGGUGGACCAUCUGUCCCCAGUAAACCAUCGGGUCCAUCAAGACCUGAUGGUUUUCCUGAUGGUAAACCAGGAGACACGCCAUUUCCGCCACAAGGGCCUUCUAAACCAGAGCGCGAAUACUUGCCACCCCGACGCGGUUAAUCCUAUCAAUUAUAUAAUCGCGUUAACUCCGAAUUUAACGCCUAACAAUCGCCGUUGGUGAUACUUGAACCAUAUUGUAAAUACAAGCCUUCUUACCUAUUAGCUAAGUUAAGUAAUAUGGUAUUCAUUUCAAUGGAUAAUGUAAUCGUUUCCUUUGCGACAUUUCUUUCAUCGUAUAGUUUUCUUGAAAGUAACUUUUAAUGUUACCAUUAUAUAAGUUUAUCCUUACUUUCUUUUAUGAGUUUUAUAAAUUACUUCCUUGAGGUUCUUAAAAGCUUUCGUCUUUUAUGUCACUAAAUAAGUUUUAAUAGAUUACGGGUCUGCCUUUUUUCAUUUCAAGAUGCAAACAGAGAAGAGGAUUGUAAGAUACUAAUUACAGAAAUUAGAUGUUACAUCUGUCUUGUAUUGUAUAUAGCCAUUGAAAUGGACGCAUUCUAUGUAUGUAAAAUAUUUCAAUAUUUUCAUUUACUUUCUUUUUUCUUUUUUUCUUUUUUUGAAAAUAAGACAAUUAUCGUAAUAUUUGUAAUUACUUUGAAUUUUUUACGUACUUGUAUCAGAAAGUUAGUAGCGAAAAAACUUUCGUAAAAUUAUACUAAAUUAAGAGCGAUUUAAGUGAACAUAACAAAAAAAUUAUCGGAACCUAUCUCGCAAGGUAUUAUUGCACGAUAUAUUUAUUUAUUUCGAUAUUAAAAUAAUAUCGUAAUAUUAUUAAAUCGAUCCCUUACCAUUAAGAGAAAAUAUCAACAGGGAUAAUUAUUCGGAUCUUUAAUAUAUUAAUUAUCAUGCUCUAUAUAUAAUAAUAACACAUAUGCUCAACAAAGAUCCGAAUAAUAUUCUCCAUUUCUCCGAACAUUAUCAUCCUUAUUUUGUCCUAAGCAAAGAGAUGUUAACAUAAUAUUAUAGUAAUUUUAUACUUUUUAUAUUAUACACUCUCAUAUACACAUACAUAUACGUAAUUUUAUAACGAUGGUUCGAGACUCCUAUGGUGGGAUGCCAUUAUGUAUAGUUUAUAUGUGAAAUAAAGGAAAC